AUGGCCGCCCCACGAAGCCUCGUCCGAGGUCUGCGGUCCUUCUCUAGCACCUCAACGUCCAGCAUACAGCAAAUUAGCAACCCCAUUCUCUCUAUACGAACCGGUCGAAUAUUGGGCGCCCCUCGCAUACCCACGUCACUAUCUCCAAGUUGCGCCGUACCUCUAUUGCGGCCCUUCAGCUCGUCCCCCAUACGGCACCAUGGGCAUACCACACCACCAAAGCCCGGAGAGGAGCUCUACGUGACCUUUAUCGACAAGGAGGACAAGGAACACAAGAUUGCGGUGUCCAAAGGCGACAACCUGCUCGAUAUCGCACAGGCCAACGACCUGGAGAUGGAGGGCGCAUGUGGCGGCUCCUGCGCCUGCUCGACCUGCCACGUCAUCGUGACCGACGAGGACUACUACGAGAAGAUGCCCGAACCCGAAGACGACGAGAAUGACAUGCUGGAUCUGGCAUUUGGGCUCACCGAGACGAGCCGGCUGGGAUGCCAGGUCGUCAUGACGAAAGAGCUGGAUGGAUUGAGGGUCAAGCUGCCUUCCAUGACAAGGAAUCUGCAGGCGAGCGACUUUGGCAGUAAAUAA